AUGGUCGCCAUCACCUCCAUCGCCAGUUACUGCAGCGUCGUUGCCCUGCUGAUCAUACAAGGGACGCAAGGCUGCAUCAUCCACGCACGACAAGACUCCAGCUCGGGCAACGGCACUGCGCUCCCACCCGCCGACUUCAUGACCAUUGGGACCGACGGGCUCGCCCCGCCAGAAACCCUCGGUUACGCCAUCAACCACUUUUCGCUGAUCGUGUCCAACCUGACCGCCAGCAAAGAGUUCUACGGCAACGUGCUGGGUAUGCGCCAUAUGUUCACGGCGCAGCUGUCGCCGCACUACAGCGUGACAUACAUGGGCCACGCGCACGGCGGACGCAACGGGACGGGCUAUCAGACAGGGGCGGAACUCCUGCGCGAGAAGAACAACGCCAACGGGAUGAUCGAGUUCCAGUAUUUCGCGGGCUCGGCGGACGUCAACAUCACGGCGACCACCAGACGCCCCAACACAUUCAGUCACAUCGGGUUGAUCGUCCCGAGUCUGGCAGACGCGGAGAAACGCAUGCUGCAGUAUGGGGUCACGAUCUCGAAGAGAAUCGGGCUUGGUGCGCAGGGCAUUGAGAGCGUGGAGAAUGCUUUUGGAUUCGGGCCGUAUGUCACGACCAACGAGACGGAGAGGGAGUUGUUGAUUCAGGGCCAGGAGUGGGUCGGGUUUUCCCAGCUGUUGGGCAUCGAGGAUCCAGAUGGGAAUUUCAUCGAGGUCCAGCAGUUGGUCCCACCCCCUGGUGUCGCGUAG